ACACCUUCGGCCGCUGUCCCUACGGUGUCACCUGCCGCUUCGGCCAGGCCCACCUCGGGGACGGCCACCAGAACCUGGUCAACGCCUCCCUGGUGCAGCAAUGGGAGGGGAAGGUGCUGGUGAGGAACGGCCUCUCCAAGGAGCUGCAGCAGCAGCUGCGCAAGAGGAAGUUCAGCUUCCACAAGGCCGAGGAGUUUCUGCGUGGGCUGCGUGCAGGGAAGGGAGGCAAAGCCACGGGGAGCUCCACGGAGGUGUCCAACUGCACUGGUCCCCAGGAGGGCCUGAGGGGCAGCCCUGAGCUGCAGGAGCAGGGAGGGGAUCCCAGACCUGAGGCUCUGCAGAACUCCCAAGGAGCUGAGGAUACCCCCAAACCUGAGGUCCUGCAGAGCUCCCAAAGGGCUGAGGAUGCUCCCAGACCUGAGGCUCUGCAGAGCUCCCGAGGGGCUGAGGAUGCUGCCAAACCUGAGGUCCUGCACAGCUUCAGAGGAGCUGAGGAUGCUCCCAAACCUGAGGCUCUGCAGAACUCCCAAGGAGCUGAGGAUACCCCCAAACCUGAGGUCCUGCAGACCUCCAGACGAGCUGAGGAUGCUGCCAAACCUGAUGUCCUGCAGAGCUCCCAAAGGGCUGAGGAUGCUCCCAGACCUGAGGCUCUGCAGAGCUCCAGAGAAGCUCAGGAUACCCCCAAACCUGAGGUUCUGCAGAACUCCCAAAGGGCUGAGGGUGCUCCCAACCCUGAGGUCGUGAGGAACUCCCAAGGAGCUGAUGGUGCUCCCUCCAUCCCAACCCUGGGCCCGCUGACAGAUGAGGACAUCACGAAGCUGCGGCCGUGUGAGAAGAAGAAGCUGGAUAUCCAGGGCAAGCUGUACCUGGCUCCACUGACCACGUGUGGAAACCUCCCGUUCCGACGGAUCUGCAAACGUUUUGGGGCAGAUGUCACCUGUGGGGAGAUGGCUGUGUGCACCAACCUGCUCCAGGGCCAGUCCUCCGAGUGGGCUCUGCUCAAGCGCCACCACACCGAGGACAUCUUCGGGGUGCAGCUGGAGGGAGCCUUUCCAGACACCAUGACCAAGUGUGCAGAGCUGCUGAACAGGACAAUCGACGUGGAUUUUGUUGACAUCAACGUCGGCUGUCCCAUCGACCUGGUCUACAAGAAGGGAGGAGGCUGUGCUCUCAUGACUCGCUCCAACAAGUUUGAGCAGAUCGUCCGCGGGAUGAACUCGGUGCUGGAUGUCCCCCUGACGGUGAAGAUCCGCACUGGGGUGCAGGAGAAGGUCAACGUGGCUCACAAAAUCAUCCCCAGGAUCCGCGAGUGGGGCGCGUCCAUGGUCACG